CAUAUAUCUUGUAGGUAUAUAUGACCCAAGUGUUUAUCCAACAAGAACCUUGUGUUUCAUUCAUUCUGGACCAUUAUUUGUGACGAGAGCCUCUGUUAUAUUUCGUGUUUACCCACUCCUUGCGUUGAAACAUCAUGAAGGAGACACCAAUGGGGAUCCUAGCAUUUUGGUUGGGGGAACUAAAAGGAGAACGCUAAGAAAGGCAUAUAUCACAAGGUGUCCAAAACGAAGGUUAAGGCCAUCAGUCGUGGUACGCACAAUAUUUCCCCUGGUAUUUCAAAAAAACAAUCGACUCAAUGGAUACCAUUGCAGCUAAUAAAGAAAAUAUAAUGGCUGAUCCCAGCGAAUCGUGUAAGCUUUGUGUUGUUCCUGCUCUAAGAAACACAGUUCCCCAGUGUAGUAAAGUUAUUUACCCGAAGAGGCCAUUAUGGGAGGAGUUGCAAGCCAGGGUGAGCAAGACAUUAGUGUACCCAAUAAUAAUUGUAAGACCUUUGGGGCCAAAUAAAUUAGAAGAUUACUGCACCGAGGAGUCCGAUCUGCCUUACAUGAACAGGGCAAUAAUGUUACGCGUAUUUUCUCAUUUGUCUGUGAGAGAGAAAUUUAUUGUUAUGCAAGUCUGUAAAGCCUGGGCCAAAUGGUCUAUCUACCCGGCUCUCUGGAAGACAGUUCAGAUCAACCACAAGAAAAUAAAUCUCAUGCACUUAAUGGGUAUAGUUCGUCGUCAGCCAGAGGCUCUGGACUUGAGUUGGACCAGAUUACACCACGAUCAGUUAUUGUGGUUGUUAAAACGGCUUCCUCAGCUACGAAAGCUUCACCUUCAAGGUCAAAAAUGGGAAGUGGUGGAAGCCCUAAAUAGCGCGUAUUGCCCGUUUCUAGACACGCUCGACAUUUCUCAUUGCGCAAACUUGUCCAGCACUGCGCUAAGUAGGCUACUCUCGGUACCCGUGAGCGUCCACUCAUUCUACGCUGACUUGGCCACGAGGCUUUGCGCGCUGAAGGAGCUGCGCUUAGCCGGGACCUACAUCGGAGACGAUGCCUUGCACUGCGUCGCGAGGUGCCUGCCCUCCUUGACCUCCCUCGAUUUGAGCAGCUGCCAGAACUUGACGGAUUUCUCGGUGGCCAUCCUCUCCCAUCCCGAAACGCCUCUGAGUUAUAACCUGUCGUCUCUAGACAUGAGGGACUGUAACAAGUUGACGUUCGCUGUCCUGACGUACUUUGAGUUUUUCCCUUCAAUGAGGAAGUUGGCUAUUUGCCCCUGCCUUCAUAUCCCGCUCAGGUUAGUCCGGGGCUGGGGGAGACGCAAUGGCUAUGUUGUAGCCCAAGACAAUAUUCUAGAGAGAAAUAAUAAGAAGGCGUCCACCAGCUAAACCUACUCUCUUAGAUCUUUACCCCCGUUAUCAUGAAGAUAGCCAGACAUUCAUAGUCACCAACAUUGAAUUGCAACGUUUCGUUUGCUAUCAACAUUGAUUAAUACUUAUGCUGCUCCAGACUCACAAUAUAUUGAUGCUGCUCCAGACUCACAAUAUAUUGAUGCUGCUCCAGACUCAUAAUAUAUUGAUGCUGCUCCAGACUUACAAUAUAUUGAUGCUGCUCCAGACUCAAAAUAUAUUGAUGCUGCUCCACUCACAAUAUAUUGAUAUCAUUGCCUACAAUCUAGCUACAUGGUUAGACUGACAGAUGGAAUCCAAUGCAAAGUGUCAUGACUAGAUAUAUAGUAACCAACUCUGGUAUUGAAUUAAUAUGGAGGACACAGAAACUGUAAAUGCAGAUGGGUAUACAAUUUUGGAUCUCAGAUUGGCUGGAAAUGGUGUGAUAAUGGGCUUAGUGAGUGCUUUGCAACGCGGCAUUAAACACAAUCGACAAAUUCAAGCAAAAGAAACGGUAUUAUAAAUACCAAUAAAUCUGCAGGGAUUUGGAUAUUCGUACAAAUUUUAUUUUUAUUUUUUAUCUGAUAUACUGUUUAGAACAGUUGUAAAUUAUUUUUUAGUAGAAAAAUUAUUUUGCCUAAUGUUUUGGUUUAUUUUUAAGUCGACUGAAUAAAACCUUAUCGUUUGUUCAA